AUGAGCCAGCCAAUCCCCCGCCCCCCUGGAGUGCCUCUUCUGGGUAACUUGUUCAACGUCAAUCCGAGCAACACAUGGGACUCGCUCAAGAAGCUCUCAGAGGAAUACGGCGAAAUCUUCCAAAUCAAGGUGCUCGGCCACGGCAUUGUUUUCGUGGCCAGUGCCGCUCUGGCUGAAGAGCUCUGCGACGAGAAGCGCUUCCGCAAGUAUGUUGGCGGGCCCGUCGUCGAGAUACGUGCUGCCGUCCAUGACGCGCUUUUCACAGCCUACGACCACGAGGAGAGUUGGGGGAUUGCCCACCGCAUCAUUGCGCCAAAGCUGACUCCCCAGUCAAUGGCUGAUCGUUUUGAAGAGAUGCGUGACACGGCCACGGAGCUCAUCGACAAGUGGAGGGUUCUGGGAGAGGAUAACGAGGUGUCCCUAAUCGGCGAGCUCAACCGUCUCAACCUCGAGGCGACAUCGCUCACUCUGUACGGCAAAAAGCUCAAUUGCCUCGACGGCCCUGAACACCCCAUGAUCAAAGGAAUGGAAGAUUCCACCUCGGAAGCCAUGAAGCGGCCCACCAGACCCGGCCUCGUCAACUGGUUUCUCAAGGGCAAAUUCAAAAAGUCCAUCAAGGUCAUGCGAACGUAUGCCCAGGAAAUGGUCGACCAUCGCAAAGCGCACCCCUCUCUGGACGGCCGAAACGACCUUCUCUCCGUUCUCAUGAAUGGCAAGGACCCCCAGACAAGCCAGAGUCUCCGAGAAUCGCAGGUCAUCGACAACAUCGUAUCCAUGCCGAUCGGCAGCAGCACAGCACCUGCCCUCGUUUCGACUGCCAUCUACUUUCUCCUCAAGAACCCGCACGUCAUCGUCACGGCACGUAAAGAGAUUGAGUUCGUGCUGGCCGGUGGUGAACUCACCUACGCGCACCUGUCGCAACUUCACUACAUCGAAGGCAUCAUGAGAGAAUCACUGCGUCUAUCAUUCGCCGCACCAGGUUUCAACAUUGAGCCGAUCCCCAGGGAGAAUGACACCAGUCCUGUGGUCCUAGGCCAAGGCAAAUACCAGGUUGCUCACAAUCAGCCAAUGAUCAUUGUCCUGGCCGGCGUGAACCGCGACCCGGCAGUCUUCCAAGACCCCCUAGCCUUCGUCCCCGAGAGGAUGAUGGGUGAGACAUUCGACAAUCUGCCCGUGAGCGUCAAGAAGUGGUUCGGGAACGGAAAGCGCGAAUGUAUUGGCAAACACUACGCAUGGCAGUGGAACAUGGUUGCUCUGACGAAGCUCAUCCGUGGGGUCAAUUUCGCACUGGUGGACCCGAACUAUGAGUUGAAGCAAGAUGGGUGGUUCAACCUUAGGCCCGUGGACAUGAUGGUCAAGGUUAGGCCAGUAUAA